CUGCCAUUUUGUAAAAUAGAAGGGAGAUAAAAAAUAGUUUUAUGGUGUUAAAAUUUUACAUAAACGCCGUUGCCAUUUCUCUAAGGGCUCAUAACAAAUGUUUAAAUGGACGCAUCGUCCAUUAUAACUCAAGUGUCACGGGAUGACGAACAAUUAAACAACUAUGGAUCCGAUCGAGGGCCCUCCCCUGGCGGGCAGCAUAAUGACGGCGAUGGAACUCCCGUGUCAGGGUCCACGCCCCUCGGGAGCAAGAAGUCGAGCGGGAGCGGUGGGUUCCUGCGCUCGCUGCUAUGCUGCUGGCGCGGCGGGCGCGGCAAGGGCCCGCCCGGCGGGAAUGGCACCAGCAGCAUCGACGGGCGGGCGUCGCCCCCGCUGCUGGUCAUGUCGGACCAUUCCCCGCGGCCAUUGUUACCACCAGUGAGACACCAGGACAUGCAUAAAAAGUGUAUGGUCAUUGAUCUCGAUGAAACAUUAGUACACAGCUCCUUUAAGCCCAUAAACAACGCAGACUUCGUAGUGCCAGUGGAGAUAGACGGCGCAGUGCACCAAGUGUACGUGCUGAAGCGACCGCACGUGGACGAGUUCCUGCGGCGCUGCGGCGAACUGUACGAGUGCGUGCUGUUCACGGCCUCGCUCGCCAAAUACGCGGACCCCGUCGCUGAUUUAUUAGACAGAUGGGGCGUUUUCCGUGCGCGAUUGUUUCGCGACAGCUGCGUGUUCCACCGCGGCAACUACGUGAAGGACCUCAACAGUCUCGGCCGCGACCUGCGCCGCGUCGUCAUCGUCGACAACUCGCCCGCCUCCUACAUAUUCCACCCGGAUAAUGCUGUACCUGUGGCGUCAUGGUUCGACGACAUGACAGACUCAGAACUGUUGGACUUAAUACCGUUUUUCGAGAAACUGAGCAAGGUGGACAGUGUGUACACAGUGUUGCGCAACUCCAACCACCCCUACAACCCCACACAACACAACAAUAGCUCCCCGCCCACAUAGCCGCGGCCGAGCCGAGCGCACGAGCGCGUGCGCUACGUGCGCUGCGUGCGCUACGUGAGCGUGCCGGCGAGCGAACCCGCGCCGCGCGACCAAGUGUUCCGCGAACCCGCGCCGCGCGAGCAAGUGUUCCGCGAGCACGUGGUGCGCGAGCACGUGAUCCGCGAGCACGUGGUCCGCGAGUACGUGCUGCGCGAGAGCCGCGUGGGGCUGGAGGUGGCCCGCGCUGCGCCGCGCCCGCUCACCCUGCUCGAGACGCUCAUCAAGAAAGGGGCGAACUUCGUCUUAAGUGCCAAUUUUGCCUUCUGGUUAGUAAGGACGUUAUUUGUACCUAUUUUACAUUUUAGGUAUUUCCUAGUACGUAAGUGGUCUGUGUAGAUGUAUGCGAACUUUUUUAUUUAACCCGACUUCUAAUCAUAGGCCUGACUGUGGUAUCAAGACGGAAUUUUUGAGAUACAAUAUGUACGCAAAGAUUUCGACUUUUCAGAAUGUUACCAGUAAAUAUUCCGAAAUUUUUUAACGAUUGACGAUUUAUUUGACAAACUUAUAUUUAUUUUAUUAUCGAUUACUUGUUUUCUAACUUACUUUUGCCUCAAAGUAUAGUUGAUAUCGGUACCUACUGUAGUCGUCAAAGCUGUAGUAGCAAGGUACCGUGGCCCCAGACCUCCCUAGUAACGUCUGCUUUUCGCUAAGCUUCCGUCACUAGCGAUGUGCGUCUAGUUAUCCGAUAAUUUCGCAAUUAACAGUAAAAACAUUACGAUUCGAUGUUUUGUAAACGAUUUAAGCGAAAUCGAUUUCAACUUUUUUAUAUCGUGCUUGGGAACAAAUAUAAGUAAGUUAAGGUAUUGCAGAGAUCGCCCAUUUCAGAUUAGGGGCAUUUCGAGUUUUACGUAAGCAUAAGAAAUAAUGAAAAAAUUACUGAUUUCCCAAAUAAUAAAACCCUUCUUCCUGUACUUCCUUGUCAGUAUCAAUCGCUAAUUCUGUACUUUCCCUUUUACCUUAAUUUUGAUGACAGAGGAGCAGUGAUUUCCCUUAUUUCGUCACCAAAAAUAAGGGAACCCCCUCCACCCUGAAGUAUGUUUACAUAAUACUUGAAAGGUACCUCACUCUGCUAUAUGGGAAUUGUUCGUCUUGGUUUGCUUUGUUCUAAAUAAAUAAACUAAAAAAAUCUAUAGACUCGAUGUAAUCACGAAUUUUUGCGAUUCGGCUGUUAUUUACACGUAAGUUUUACGCAGCCGUACUCUAGUGUAUAUAUUAUAAUAUUUUUAUCGUGUAUUUGUAAGCAGGUAAUAUGGUAGGCACUUAUGGCACUCCCACAUCAGUGCGAGAUUCCGGUACGGAUUUUCACUGUCAGCUGGGUAUAAACCAUUUUCGCGAAUUCGUAGAACUUUGUACUUUUGAAUAGCUCGCAUUGAUUCAUUUUCUGCGCACACUACGCUAAUUCCUGCGCCGCGCAGUUUUUGCGCAUAGACCCACACUGCUCAGAACAGUUCUAACUCUUUCAAAGCACUAGAUUAUAUGUGAGCUGAGUGCUACAGGUUUGCGAAAAUAGUGUAUAUGUAGCUAAAGAUGAAUAAGGAUUCACUGAAGCGUAGAUGAUAUUGUGUAUGGUCGACCAAUCAGAUUUUUUUGAGAUGACGUGACAAUUUUAUCACGUCAUCUUUUAAUAAUCUGGUUGGUCGACACACGAUAUGAGUCCGCUCUUCGCCGCUUCACUGAACGAGUUCCACAUACGACCGUGCCGAGUUAGGAACAUUGUCAAGCUUGGGUCGAAAAAAUCGCUUCUCUUACUGCGGUAAGACCGAUCGGAAUUCGUAGAGGAAUUUGUUCAUAUAAAGGUCGAUAUUUCGGUCGGAAUUUUCACUUGUUUGGGAGACAGCGGUAAAUAUUCGGUCAACUUAUGAUGUACAUAAAGUAUUAAAUAAGAGUUAAGGAUCAUAACGGCUGAAUUAUUCUAGCACUUUAGAUUGUAUAGGAUCGUACGAUCUAAAGCCAGUGUUACAAUACACACAGAUAAUGUGUAAGUUACAAACUUAAUUGAACAAAAUAUGCUUUUUUUCCUUUUUAACUCGACAAAAUGGACAGCUGAACCUACAUUAAAGUAUGUUUGAUUUAAUUAUGACUUAAAAAAUGAUAAUUAUUUAUUUAUAACAAACAAAACAGUUUAUGAGAUAUUAUUAAGAAUUUUAUUAUGUUAAACAAACUAAAUGUACAGAAAGAAAUAGGGGAAUAAAACAAUACAAUUGUUUCUAUUAAUCUAAAUGCAAAUUAGGUUCUUUACGUGCUUUUGACUUAGCUUUUCACUUUUAAGAUUAUAUGGGGUUUUCAUAAAAUUAUUAAAGGGUUAGUUAUUAUUGAAAAAUAAAACUAUAGGUGAUAGGGAAUAAGUUAAUUAUUAUCUUUGGUGUGACAUAAUGUUGAUGUAAGCACAGAAAAUUUUAAGAAAUAUAUUUUAUAUGUGACUUAAUAUUAUAAUGACUAAUGAAUUAAAAUUAAUUGUCAUAUACGUAUUUCAGUGGUAUGCCAUAUUUCAUCGAUUGUUUUUUUUUGUUGUCUACAGUGUAACAUUAGCUUUAGAUUGAGGUCUGUGCACAUAAGCGUCGAUGUGAUCAGUUUUACAUUAUCAUAAUGUAUGCAUAUUGUACAGUGUUGUACAUACCUUUUAUUUGCGAGAAACGUUAUGAAGUUAUUCAUAAAUGAAAUUAAUUUUUAAACGCUUUAAUGACAAUAAACGAGUCAAUCGGGUCUAUGUCGUAGAAGCUUUUUAAAAUAAUAAUGCAAAUACUUAAUUCAAAUUGUGUUGCUAAUGUCUGUACUCGGCUUAAUAAUACUGGCUAUAUACAGUAUGAUGAUUUUAACUACGUAUUUAAGAAAAUAUUCAAAACGAUGGAUUUGAUCAACCAACCAAAUUAAAUGACGAUAUUUUUAUAAUUAUAUUGAUUAUAUUGGCACCGAUUCUGUUGUCUUCCUCUAAACUAAAUUUAGAGUAUCUGCUCUGCAUCUUCCUCCUUUUAGUAUUGUUGAAAAGGGACGGAACAUAAAUUUUACAUUUAAAGACUCUAAAUUUUAGUGCAAGCUAUAAAUUUAAACAA